AUCUCUUCCAUUCCUCCACAGGUAAAACAAGGAGUGAGUGAGUGCCAGAAAGCGAGUCACGAGGGAAAGAUGCCGCUGAUAAUGAACGGGCUCGGGGAUACGAGCUUGAAUGGAUCAGGCCCGGAAAAGGGCUGCUGGACCAUCGGACUCAUCAAUUCCAAGUCCAAAUAUCUCACAGCCGAGACCUUUGGCUACAAGAUUAACGCCAACGGCACCUCCAUGAAGAAGAAACAGGUGUGGGUAUUGGAGCCGUCAGAUGAGACUGGCCACGUGUGCCUCCGAUCUCAUCUGGAUCGCUAUCUGUCGGUGGACCAGUUCGGGAAUGUGACGUGCGACUGCGAGGAUAAGUGCGACCCCACGACCAGGUUCGAGAUCUCCGUCGCAGAUGACACGUCGGGUCGAUGGGCCCUCAAGAACGUGUCUCGAGGGUAUUUCCUUGGGGCUGCCGGGGACAAACUCACCUGCCACGCCAAGGUCCCGGCUGAUUCGGAGCUGUGGUUUGUUCAUCUGGCUGCUCGACCUCAGGUGAACCUGCGCUCCGUCGGCCGGAAACGAUUUGCUCAUCUCUCCGAAGAAGGCGACGAAAUCCAGGUGGACGCGAACGUGCCUUGGGGGCCGGACACGCUGUUCACGCUGGAGUUCCGGGGCGAGCGAUACGCGAUCCACACGUGCAACGACAGAUACCUGUCCCGGGAAGGGCGACUGGAGCGGGAAUGCACCAAGGACUGCAUGUUCGCAGCCGAGUUUCACGGAGGAUUCCUGGCCUUGAGGGAUGCACGGGGGCAGUACCUCAGUCCCAUCGGGUCCCGGAGCGUGCUGAAGACCCGCUCGGAGACGGUGAGCAAGGACGAACUCUUCUCCCUCCACGACUCCCUCCCUCAGGCCUCCUUCGUCGCAAGACUCAACUCCAGAUAUGUCUCCGUCAAGCAAGGUAAUUAA